UCCGCUCCGGGAUCUGUUUCUCCGGGACAUGGCGUUCGGGAAAACGGGGAAGGAUCCGUUCGAGACACGGACCGGGAAACUGAUCGAGAAGGCAACAGAAGGAACACUGGAAACGGCCGACUGGGCCCAAUUCAAACACAUCAGUGACGUUAUUAACUCCACUGAGGAAGGACCCAAGGAGGCAGUCAGAGCUCUAAAGAAAAGGAUUUCUGGAAACCUCAAUCACCAGGAGGUCAGGCUGAGCCUGAAGCUUAUCGACAUCUGCAUCAGGAAUUGUGGUCCAAGAUUUCACUCCCUCGUUGUCAGGAGAGAGUUUGUGAAGGACGUCCUGGCCAAAGUACUGAAACCAAAGUACAACGCACCCGUUGACAUCCAGAACCACAUCCUGCACCUCAUCCAGUCAUGGGCGACCACCUACCAUGGGCCAGUGAAUAUGAGUGAUGUGCAGGAACUCUACGUGGAAAUGAAACGGAAAGGGUUAAUCUUCCCAACACAGGACGAGGGAUCAACUGGCUCCUGGAAAAGCGAUAGGACAUUAGCCUCACGGGGUCAUACCUCACUGACUACAUCUGUAUCGACAUCGUCAAUGUCCUCAUCAGCAAACGCCCGCACUCCCCAGCCCAGGAACUCCAUCAGACUGCUCCCGGAGCAGGUUGGUAAACUCUACAGUGAGCUCGAUAUGGUGACGAUGAACAUUUCUGUUCUGUCUGCCAUUCUGCUGGAGAAUAUCCCAGGCUCUGAGAGUCCUCAAGACAUGGAGCUGUUAGAGAAACUGCAGGUGACGUGCCGUGCCAUGCAGGAGCGGAUCGUGGUGCUGCUGCUGGAGGUGGAUAAUGUGGACGUGCUCACCAGACUGAUCGAGGCCAACGAUGCACUCAACAACACCUUCCUGCAGUAUGAGAGGUUUCAACGGCGAAGGGAGAGGUUCAGGCUGAUGGAGAAUGAGGUUCCGAGGUCACUGAAGGAUUCUGGGAUUGAGCCCUCAGCUCCCAGCUCUGUUUAUGAUCUGAUCGACCUCACCUGCUCUGCUCCAGCCACUCCGGGUCCUCUGUGUCUGCCUGAGUUCUCCAACCUGAGUCUUGAAAAUGGAAUCUCUGAUGCGAGGGGUACAGGUCUGUCUGCUGCCAACCCCUUCCUGAGGAACAGGGCCCUCCCUGAUAUCCCCGUGCGCAAUGCAGCAACCACUCAGCAGCCACGAGUGGCAGUGCAGAGCUCAGUGAGCAACAGACCCCCUGAACCUCUCUAUGCCAAUGUGGUGUCCCCACAGUCUGUACAGGCCGUACCCUCUGCCUACAGUCUGCUGCCUGAGUCCUCUCACCCCUCCACACUCACAGGCCGGAGCCAGUCGGGAAACGUGAAGAAUGGGAAGGCCGAUCCGAUCAGUUUGGAGUUUGACCCACUAAGCAACACCAACUGCAACACAGAGGCUAUUUAUGAGGAUCUGGAUGUUGCUUUAAACAAGGCGAGGAUUCUCUCUAACAGAACGGCUGAGUGACUGGCACCUUGUCACUGCUUUUGUGGGUAACGGAGAUUGUGUUUGAAUUGGAUCCAAAGGCCAUUUGAGUAAACUGGGGACAGCUUUACCCUGAGGGUGAGCUUCAGAUGGUCACUGCCAUGAAUUAAACACCGUUCACUGAGAGACUGUGGAUCCAUACACAUGACCGGAUUAAAACUUUGUGUAUGCCCGCCAUUGAUACUAACAACAGCCUGCGAUCUAAUACAUCAGUGAGCUCUUCAGGAAAGAAGGAGCAACCUCACAUUGAACAUCCAGAUUCACAAUAAUGUGUCAUGUCUCCUCCAUGGAAAACAUGUCUCUCGUCCCAUUGUCAAUGCUCCCUCUUCACAACAAAACAAGAAACCUCCUGUUUUAAUUUCUUCAGCCUGAGGCACAAUUAUUUCAUCCCUGACACCUUAAAAAAAAAAUUAACAUUUGUCACUGUCUCUUAGGGUAAAAUAAGGGACCCAACGGGAAAAGAGGAAGAUAGCAGCGACAGACAGGAGUUAGGAGACAUGGGAAAAGUGUCCAAGAGGAUGUUAUGGCCUGAGAAAAUUAGGAAAAGACAUUUUCAAUUCACAAUUGAAAUUCUGAUAGUCACAACACCUCAUUUCUGUCAGGGAUGAGAUCAAAGUUACUGACAUUCCAGACCAAAUCAAUCUCUCUUUGUUACUUCAGUGAUUUAUUUCCAGACUCCCACUCCCACCACUGACUCUCACUGGGGUACAGUCCCUCACACACUGACUCACACUGACUCUCACUGGGAUAUGGUCCCACACAGUCCAGGUACGACAUGAAGGUAGUGCCAGAUCAUUUCAAUAUUUAAUUAUAUACGGCUAUAUUUCCAAAUUGCCUUUCGUGACAUUAAAACA